AUGAGUCUCAUCUACCCUGCUGGUGGUGCUGUUACCGCGCUAGGAGUUGUCGGCCUUUAUAUGCUCUUCAAUGGCGAGGGCGAACAAUUUAAUGUCGGACAAUUCCUCGAGACAGUGUCUCCGUACGUAUGGGCAGAUCUCGGUAUUGGUCUUUGCAUAGGAUUAUCGGUCGUGGGUGCGGCAUGGGGCAUCUUCAUCACUGGCACCUCUAUCCUCGGCGGCGGCGUAAAAGCUCCACGAAUACGAACGAAGAACCUCAUCUCCAUUAUCUUUUGCGAAGUCGUGGCGAUCUACGGCGUCAUUAUGUCCAUCGUCUUUUCCUCCAAGAUCAACAUGGUACCGGAAGAAUCACUUUACACGGGACCGAAUUACUACACAGGCUACGCCUUGUUCUGGGCGGGAGUGACAGUGGGGAUGUGUAAUUUGAUCUGUGGCGUGAGCGUCGGGAUCAAUGGGAGCAGUGCGGCGCUUGCUGAUGCAGCGGACGCAACUAUGUUUGUGAAGGUGUUGGUGAUUGAGAUCUUCUCGAGUGUGUUGGGGUUGUUUGGGUUGAUUAUUGGGUUGUUGGUCAGCUCAAAGGCCGCCGAGUUUGAGUGA